CAGAGGGGCGUGGUUUACAGUGAGAGUUAGAGGCUCGGAAGUUGAACGCAAAACCUUAAUUUCUGUCGUGCCAAUUUUAAAUCUUGGGAAAUUUUGGACAUGGUGCUCACAAAGGAGUAUCGAAUAUGCAUGCCGUUGACCGUCGAAGAGUACAAAGUCGGUCAGCUCUACAUGAUAGCAAGGCACAGCCUCGAGCAGUCUGAAAAAGGUGAAGGAGUCGAGGUUGUGGAAAAUUCGCCUUGUGAAGAUGAAGUGCACGGCAAGGGCCAGUACACUGAAAAGAGAAUCCACCUCUCCAGUAAACUGCCGUAUUGGGUCCAGUCGAUGAUCCCUCGCUUAUUUUACGUAACGGAGAAAGCGUGGAAUUAUUAUCCUUACACCGAGACGGAAUACACUUGUUCGUUCCUACCCAAGUUUAAUAUUUUUAUAAAAACGAGAUUUGAAGACAAUGCUGGAACCUCUGAAAAUUGUUUAGGAAUUCCCGAGGAGGAACUGGCAAACCGAAAUGUCGAGUUCAUCGACAUUGCAUUUGAUGAGGUUGUGCCGAGGCACUACAAGGAGGAAGAAGAUCCAAAACUUUUUAAAUCCAAGAAGACGGGCCGAGGUGUCUUGGUCGAGGGUUGGAAAGAAGACACGCAGCCCAUCAUGUGCUCAUACAAACUAGUCAGAGCAAGCUUCGAAGUGUGGGGUCUGCAAACUAGAGUUGAAGAUUGGAUCCUAAAGGCAAUUCGUGAUAUUUUGCUGCUUGGUCAUCGUCAAGCGUUUGCGUGGAUGGACGAGUGGCAUGGUAUGACAAUUGAGGACGUCCGAGAGUACGAGCAAAAAAUACAAGAAGAGACAAACACCAAGGUUUUACAAGAGCUGGGCGUGGCGGCGGAGAACGCAGAAAAGGAAGAGGGGGACGGCGACGAAGAGAAAGAAGCAAAGGAUGCUGAGGGUCAGCCCAAUGCGCAAAAAUCUUGGUUUUCCUGGUACUAAACAGCACUAAAACGGCCAUAAAUUAUUUAAUGCAAUUGAUGAAAUAGUAUUUAAUAGGAUAGUAUAAAUAACAUAAUAUUGCAUUGAUCUUCUCUCAUAUUAAGACUGUCCAGCCACAAUAUUACUUGUGGCCCCUUCAAAUGCACAUUUUGGCCAGCAUAUUAUUUAGACUAAUUUAUUUAAAUUUUGAAGACUUUGCUUACAAUUUUUGGGCGCCUUAAUACUGUUGCGGUUGUGCGUAUUUUUUAUAGUUUAUUAUGUUGUGUUGCCAAAUUUUUGUUACUUGUUGAGGAGCACACUGCAUGAGUCAAUUAUGCAGUAUAAAACCUGUUAUAAAAUAAAUAAAAUCUAACAAAAGAA